AUGGAUGAUCUCGCCCCCCGACUGAGCCAGCUGUCGGCCGACAUCGACCGGCUCGAGGCUGCGGUGGCGCCGCUGCUGCUGGACGGCCACCAGACGACGACGAGCCAGCGGCUGCCGCUGCUGGACCGUGCCAAGCUGCAGGUCCUCGCCGGCUAUGCGCUCGAGUCCACGCUCUUCUGCAGUCUCGGCCUCGCCGGCGUCGACGCCCGCAGCCACGCCGUCUUUCGUGAGCUGCUGCGCGUCCGCCAGUACAUGCAAAAGAUCGACGCCGUCGAGAAAAAGUCGUCGGCCGCCGACGACGGCCCGGCCAGCCGCCUCGACAAGGCUGCCGCCAUCCGCUUCGUCAAGGCCGACAUGGAUGACCCGGAUGUGCGGGCCAAGCUCGGCCAGCUGGAGAAGGAGGCCGCUGCCGCUGCAAAAACCAGCCGCAACGCAGGCUCCUCGUCCUCGCGCAGUCGCAAGCGCGGAGGCGCCUCCUCGGCCGGUGAUCGGCGCGACAGCAGCAACCUCGCCAAGCGGCCCAAGAAGAGCGGCCGGCCCAGCUGA